CGCACUUCAGUCGACUUCAGGCUUCAGCUCGUGCUGAUAGGCUUCAUUUAGCUCUAAAAGCUCCACUGUGGUUCGUCUUGUCAUAUAACACCGGCUAAGCAGCAGGUGCGUAGCCAAGUCUCAUGUCUGUGAAACGCCCGGCCGAUGGUUCUGCGCCGAAGGAUGUACUGCAGUUCACGAACCUGGGCGCAGGCGCCGAGGUGGGCAGAUCGUGUCACAUCAUCCAAUUCAAGGGCAAGACGAUUAUGCUAGAUGCUGGCGUUCACCCUGCUUACAGUGGUCAGGCGUCAUUGCCAUUCUAUGAUGAGUUUGAUCUCUCUGAGGUCGACAUUUUGCUCAUUUCACACUUUCACUUGGAUCACGCUGCAAGCUUGCCACAUGUCAUGCAAAAGACAAACUUCAAGGGCCGUGUUUUCAUGACACAUCCGACGAAAGCUAUUUAUAAAUGGCUCAUGUCUGACUUUGUGCGUGUGAGUUCCGCUACCAGCGGAAGCGGUGAAGUGGAUCAGCUCUAUUCCGAAGCAGAGCUUGCCAAGUCGUUUGAAUCAAUUGAAGCUGUCGACUACCACUCAACAACGGUCGUCAAUGGAAUCAAGUUCACGGCUUAUCAUGCUGGGCAUGUUCUAGGCGGCGCCAUGUACUUUAUCGAAAUUGCAGGAGUCAAAAUAUUGUUUACAGGUGACUACAGCCGUGAGCAAGAUAGACAUCUCAAUAUUGCUGAGGUGCCGCCAGAGAAACCUGAUAUUCUCAUCACGGAGUCGACGUAUGGAACUGCCACGCAUCAAUCGCGCGUGGAGAAAGAGGCCCGCCUCACCAAUCUCAUCUCAAAGGCUGUCCUCCGUGGCGGUCGGGUGCUGAUGCCCGUCUUUGCGUUAGGGCGAGCGCAAGAGAUUUUGCUCAUUCUGGACGAGUAUUGGUCGAAUCAUCCUGAGCUACAACAUGUGCCCAUCUAUUAUAUUUCUGCUCUAGCAAAGAAGUGCAUGGCAGUAUUUCAGACUUACAUCUACACAAUGAACGACGCAAUUCAAGCAGAGUUCCAACACCAUAACCCCUUCAUUUUCAAGCAUAUUGCAUCAAUUCGCUCACUCGACCGCUUCGAUGACAUUGGCCCAAGUGUCAUGCUUGCAUCUCCAGGAAUGCUACAAAAUGGCAACUCUAGAGCACUCCUGGAACGCUGGGCGCCAGAUCAAAAGAAUUUACUCAUGGUCACAGGCUACUCAGUAGAAGGUACUAUGGCAAAGCACAUUAUGAAUGAGCCCACUGAGAUCACUUCAGUGAUGGGACAAGGGGGCGGUGCAUCGAAUGUGCGUAUUCCACGUCGUAUGGCUGUCGAAGAGCUCAGUUUUGCAGCGCAUGUCGAUUUUACCCAAAAUCGCGACUUUAUCGAUGCCGUGGAUGCAAAGCACAUCAUCCUGGUUCACGGCGAAGCACUCAACAUGGGAAAGCUCAAGAGUGCCUUGCUAUCAAAAUAUUCGCCACUUCGGGGUACUGAUCAAGAGAAGCAUGUCUGGAAUCCAAAGAACUGCGACACGCUCGAGUUGGAGUUUGUGAGUGUCAAAAUCGCCAAGGUCGUUGGGCAACUCGCUACACAACAUCUGUCCGUUGAUGACAAGCCUGCUUCUGAUCUGAUUGCUGGCAUUUUGGUGCAGCGCGAUUUUGAGUACAAACUUAUGGCUCCUCAAGACUUGCAGGAAGAGUCUGGCAUUGGUUCAACAACCUUGGUGCAGCGUCAAAAGCUGCGUUAUCAUGCUGGGCCAGACUUGGUCGAGCACCAUUUGAAGCAGAUGUUUGGUGCCGUCAAGCGGCUUCCGCUCAGCAAGAAAGAGAAGGCUGAUGCUGAACAGGCCGCGACCACUGCAUCCAAGAAGACCUCUGGGAAACUGACGGGUGUUGUGGAAAAAUUGGGCGUGAUGGAUCUUGUUACUGUGAUGAUCGAUACCAUAACAAAGCGAUUGACUGUCGAAUGGGCUGGCGGCAGUCUGUCUGAUGCCGUUGCUGAUGCAGUCCUUUGCAUUCUUGCCGGCAUUGAAUCCUCCCCAGUCUCGGUCAAAUUGUCCAGCAAAGCCUGCAAUCACGGCCAUGCCAAGGAUGAGGAUGAGAAACAUGAUGUACUUGGCUACGGCCACGCAGGCUUGACGGUCGAUCAAAGGAAGGAGCGCAUACGCAUGUUUGUUCGACAGCAAUUUGGCAGUUGUGAUGACACGGACAAUGGCAUCUCUGUUGAAGUGGACGGCAAGGUGGCAACUGUCCCUUGGCAUGAUCUGACUGCAGUCGAUUGUCCGUCAGCAGCACUCAAAGCUAGGCUGCAGGGCAUUCUCAAAGGUGCAGUGGAUACCAUUGCGCCAUUUGCUGAAGAGCAGGAGGCUAUCACGAAGGAGGGAUACGAGAGACAGGCUCAGAAAGCAUAGUCAUGGUCAAGAAGCAUAUUUAUACAUAACUGGCAUAUCCUAGCAUACUAAAUUGGGAAGCCACCUGCCAAGUCCAUCACCUGUUGAGGGUCAACUUGCCUCUUGAUGGCGCGAAGUCUCGCUAGACCUUGCACGCCAUACAUCUCCUCCGGUGCCGUUGUGGACAAGGCGUAAUUUGGGUAGCUCAAUCGAUUGGCUUGGUAGAUGCCCUCGUUGAUAGCGACCUGCUUCAGGGUGGCGAUUGAUUGACGCAUGAUCGCUCUCCAGUACUCGUCUUCCGAUGCACUGAGCCAAGCGAAGUACAAGUUGAGCGGCACUGGGGAGUUGGCAUGAGGAAAGGCACUGUCAGUCGCGUGCUUUCCGUAAUCGGUGAAGGGCUCGAUAUCAUAGGAAAGAAGUGUUC